GAGUGACGGCCACCAUUUUUGUUUGCUAAAGAAGUGUUCCAAAGUGCUCUGCAGAAAAUCUCUUUUAUAGGUGGUAAAUGCUGUGUAAACCUUUCGAUUUUUCUGCUAAACUGUAAUUAGAUGCAACGAUCAUCUAUGGAUAAUACUUUUGCGUGAAAAUGGGAAGAACAACACGGACAUCUGCCGCUGGGAAAACUUGCACUACGCCACCGAAGGACAAUGAUGGUGGUGAGACUUCGCCACCCGUACCGUCAGCAGUGAGAAGUGAUGCGGUUCCUGCCGAGGUGGAAGCAAGUUCAGUAGAUACACUUUCUGCGAGCUCAUCAAAUUUAAGGCCAUCGGUUUUGUUAGAGAAAUUACCCGUGGAUAAUAUAAAUCCUCCCCUGACCCCUGUUGUGAAAAAACUCCGCGUUAAGAGCCAAACAUCCCCCGUACCUCGCGCAACCCGAAGUCAGAAAAGAAACUCGCCAACCUCGGCGGACGAUGAGGAAAUUAUCGAAUUGAUAGAGAUAUUGGAUGAUGAUUCCAAAUCAAGGGAGAGUAGUAAUGUAGAACCAUCGGCAGAAGACCAGCCCUUUGUCGCGAAGCUCGAUGAAGAUUUCGAUGAAAUCACUUGCACAGUGAUUCACAAAAGUUCACCAGAGACUACCGAUAAAAGUAAGCAAGAGGAAUCUACUGGCGAAACAUCUAUGGUCGUGGAUGCAACCAAACAGUCAAGUCCAAGUAACGAACGUCCGCUGCAUGUUCUAAUUGAUAAAAUGGACAUAAAAAAUGUUCAGCGAAAAACUGAUAAAAAGAUAGAGGAAGAUGAUGCUACUAGCUCGGUUAGCAGCGGACUUCAAGUGAGUCACGAGGGUGAAGGCGAUAAGUCUCCUAAAACAGAAGUGAUCGGAACACGUAAGUCUAAACGGCAAGUGAAGGUGACCAAUAAGUAUCGUGACUUUGUAGUCGACGCUCCAUUACCUUCCUCACAUGUACCUUAUUCGGAUAUAAAAUUAGCUCGUAGCAAUGUCGGAGGAAAAAAAAGUCAUACUAAAGAAACAGAAAUGUUUUUUUCGUCGGACGAUUUUUCCCCUGAUUCUCCACCGAUUGUAGUUCAAACGCCGAAAAAAACCUACAGUAAUAAAAAAGGAAGCAAUUCAGACUCUACUAGAGUGGAGCCAGAAGAAAUUCAAAAAAGAAGGAUGACGAGAUCUACUACGCCAGUUUCGUUUCGUGGUCGUAAAAAGAAAGAAACUAGUGCUGCUAAUCCAACAGUUUUGCUUCAACCGGAUGAUGAAACAGUUGAAUUUCCUGGUCCAAACGAUAAAACCGAUUCUACCUUAACUCUAAACAUAGACAGUAGCUAUUUCUCAGAUGAGGACAUAUUCGGAUAUGACGGAACUCCUUCGCCGGACGAAUUUUGUGGAUGGCCCGAUGAUGAUUUUAAGGAUCCGAGUGCAGGAUCCUCGUUUUCGACACUAUCAAGUUUUUCACUCUAUGCACCGGAUUCAAGUCAUUUGAGUACUACAUCCCAUGGAAUGGAAAUGGAUUAUUCAGAAGGAAAAUCUGAAACUAAAGUUAAACGUCGCGGAAGACCGCCAAAACAAUCUCAAACGAAAUUAAUCACCCCGGUCGCUGAAACCAACACGCGCCCUGCUGGAUCUACGUUUAUUAAACGAUCAUACAAGCCUAUGCCUCCGAGACCUACGACACCCGGAUUGGAGUCCAGCUUUCAAAGUAUUGUCAAAAUCAAAGAGCAAAAGCUAACAGUUGAACCAAUCGAGGUUAUCCAGCCAGUUUCAAUCGAACAUCCAGACACAUCCAAACAAUUGAGUACCGCUGGCAUUGAAGAUGUUCUUGAAGAUGCCAUUGAAAUAGUAUUGCAAGCCGAGGAAAUUAUUAUCGAUAACGACGCUCCUUUGCUUGAACCUGCAAUCAUUCCUAAACCGCCCAGAAGUCGACGUCGGAUUCGAGGUGGUAGACGACCGUCUCCUACUAGUGGACCCCCUCGUAGGGGAAGAAGCCGUAUUGAGGGCGAUCUCAACACUGACGAGGACUCUAGCCAAAGUGUAAUUUCCGUCAUUAUACAAGAUUCAGAUCUUGUUUCAGCGACAGAAGCAGAUCAGCCAAUUCUGGCGGUGGAGACAGCUCCUUUGCCUAUAGUUGAAGAAGAAAUCCAAAAAACUGUAAUACCGAUUGCAGAAGAGUCCAGUUCUGUUUCAUUUGACGUCGUAGAAAAGUCCCUUAAGAAAAAUUCAAAGAAAUCCAAAUCUAAAGAUGAUUGCAAGCGUGAUAUCUCACAUGAAGAACGGAAAUCGGAUAACAAACCUCAGAGUCCAAUCCCACAACCAAAAACAUCUGUUUCGACAACGCCACAAAAAGAUAGUAAAGAUUUCUCAGGUUCGACGUCGAAAACACCAGACUCCGGGGAAAUUAUCGUGCUGGACUCUAAAGAUAUAAUUCCCAAAACGACGGUAGUCAUAGAUUCCACUAGAGAAAGCAAAGAGGAUCUGUCGAGGAAAGAUUCCCAUAAAGAAUCGAAAAAAUCUUCCAAAGACAGCAAACAUCAUCGCAGGCCAAGUUCCUCGAAGGAUUCUAGAAAGCACCACAAGGAUCGUUACUAUAAGGAUUCAAAGGAUCGAGAGAGCAGCCGGAAAGAUCGUGACUCUUCAAAAAGUAGCAAAGACAGGGACAAAGAACGACACCGAAGGCGUUCGUCUGACGGCAGAAAAGAUAAACGUUCGGACAUUAUCGAAUCAGACAAGAAACGGUCCGAUUCUAAGGAUCUCGGUAUCAGCGUCAAGAAAGCAGAACCCGAUAAAAAACGCACUGAAUCAGUGAUAGAGUGCAAACCAGUUGGAACGAUUGAAAAACACGAAAAACAGCCAGCGAUAGUGCCAUCGGUACCAAAGCUGUCGGAAAAGCCAAAGAAAUGCUUUGAUUCAGAACUGCAAGCAAUGGAUUCAACGUCUGUUACUAAACAUAAAUCCGGUGAUGACUCCAAACGAUCGAAAGAACACGAUAAAUCACGCAAAUCUGAUAAGUACAAACAUCGUAGUGAAUCGGAAAUGCGAAAAAAGAUGCCUGUUACUGAGCUGAAAGUGUCCCACAUGGAAUCGAAGGAAAAAAGUCGCUCGACGGAUUCGUCUCCGGUGCCGCUGAAGCAGAGUGAUUCCGAAAGUCGCAAAAGAGCUGUACCCGAGUUGCGAUUACCAAACAAAGAGAGUAAAGAGAAAAGUCGCUCGACAGAUUCUUCUCCCGUACCGUCUAAGCAUGGCAACUCUUCAUCCAGCUCGAAAAAAUCUUCAAAAGAGUUCUCUGGCAGCGUACGAAAAGAAUCGCAUUCUAGUAGCAGCUCCAAAGCACGUAAAAGUUUAUCAGGCUCCAUAAAAGAUGAGAAGUUGAAAGAUGAUUGUUCGGCGAAGAAAGAAAAAACGAAGUAUAAAAUAUCAACACAAGAGGAGACUCAACAAGAGGACACUAAAGCUAUGAUGACGGCUGUAGCUCCCAUCGAAGUCAUUCCACCAGCUGAGGUUCAACCUGUGAAAGAAGAAGUUACCGUAGAGCAGGAACUCUCUACCAUGUCUACGCUUCAAGAAGCCGCUCUACCAGACACACCUCGGAUCGCUACAAAGGCCUCCAGAAAAAUGUACCAGGGCGAGGAUGAGAUACAGCAAAUUGGUGCCCCACAGGAGUGCUUACAACCAAAGAUAGAACCACCCGUCGACGUUGUGAAACAGGAAGAAAAUCAGAAUGAGCUAACAACGGUUAAACUAGAACAAGAGGAGACAACGGUGCAGCAAAUUUCCGAGGCGUUCGAUAGUAGUGUUCAAAUAUCCGGUCCACGGCCCGAGGUUGCUCUUAAAGAAUUCGAAAACAUAUCUAUUUCGGAUGAGAAGCCAGUAAUGGAGAUGGCUGCAGUUCCGAAAUUAGUUCAGGAAGAUAAACCGCCACCUCCUGCUACUGGAGACGAUUCUAUACCCUCGCAAGAUACGACCAAUACCAGUAUUGCGCUAUCUCCGUCGCAGGAACUAUCCAAUGAGGACUCAAAUUCAAACUCUACUAACAGUUCAAUGCUGGAUGCUUCCAAAGAACCAAAAACGGAAACAGCGGAUGAUGGCUCCAUUCGACGGUCCUCUCGCAUCAAAACGAUCAGCUCACAAAAACAACGAACCAGUGGUCACGGAUUGGUGAAGGAUAAAGACAAAUUUUUGAAAAAGACAACCAUUUCCGUUGGAAUCGAUUCAAAGGUGCUGAAAGAUGCGAUUACGGGCAAUUUCAAUGUGAUUUCAGCGAGCGAUGGUGCUUCGAUUGAAAAUUCUGCUGCCGCAGGCGAGAACGAUCCAUCCGUAACAAAUAUAGAACUUUCGGAGGAGUACCUUCGGGAUAUGGAGGAGAAGCUCAGCCGGUUCGAGACCAUUCGAGAGAAUAUGUAUCAUUGCGAUAAGGUUAUUAGCAAGGAGGCGAAGAAAAUGAUGUGUGAUUGUUUUCUAACCGGAGAGGACAUUGAUCGUGGUGAGCUGGGCUGUGGGGAAGAUUGUCUGAACAAACUUCUGAUGAUCGAGUGCGGUCCACGAUGCGUGGUAGGAGAUCGAUGUACUAAUAGACGUUUCCAAAAGCAGGAAUAUUCUAACUGUCAGGUUUUCCGCACGGAAAAGAAGGGUUUCGGUAUUCAAGCUAACACUCCGAUUGUACCGGGAGAGUUCAUCAUGGAAUACGUGGGCGAAGUGCUGAACAGCGCACAGUUUGAUGAGCGCGCUGAGUUGUACUCUAAGGAGAAAAAUAAGCACUACUACUUUAUGGCAUUGCGAUGCGAUGCAAUUAUCGAUGCCACUACGAAGGGAAAUAUUUCCCGCUUUAUCAAUCACUCGUGUGAUCCGAACGCGGAAACGCAGAAAUGGACAGUUAAUGGUGAGCUGCGGAUUGGGUUCUUCAGUACAAAGUAUAUUAUGCCGGGAGAGGAAAUUACUUUCGACUAUCAGUUUCAGCGGUACGGUAGAAGAGCACAGAAAUGUUACUGUGAGGCUGAGAAUUGCACUGGUUGGAUCGGAGGUGAUCCGGGAAGCGAUGGAGAAUCGGAAUAUGAAGAAGAAGAAGUCGAAGAAAGUGAAGAAGAAGAUACACAAACCGCGGAAACGGCAGUGGUGUCUACUGAUACUGCUUUAGAAAAUCUCAAGCUCGAAGGACCCAAGGGAGCUGACGGAACGCCUUUGCCAACGGUUGAAGGUGAUUCGCAAGUGGUAAAGCCAGACGAAUCAAUUGUAGCGAUUAAACCACCAGAGCCAAAGCAGCGUAAGGUCCGUAAGCGAGUGGAACGCCCCAAGAAGCGUAGACCCCAGAUCCACGAGGAUCCUGAUCUGGAGAAGGAAAUCAACCAGCUGCUGAAAACAGGUUUGAAGAACCAAGCUCAAACGCUUAAGCUAUCCCGAAUGAUGGUUCGUGCAAAGGAUAUUAAAUCUAGAAGCCGUUUGUUGACGAUAUUACAAAGCGGUGAAUUGCCCUGUCGGCGGUUGUUCUUGGAUUACCAUGGAUUGCGGCUGCUUUACGGUUGGAUUUGUGAAUCAACUGAAUCGAUAGAUGAUCUUAAAUUUCGAAUUCAGAUAUUGGACACUUUGGAUCGGUUGCCCAUACCGAACAAGACAAUGCUGAAGGACAGCAAAAUUAUGCAAACUAUUGAAAAGUGGGCCAAGAUCGAAAAAUCUAAGGAAAAAGAAAAGGAAGAGGAGAAAGAGAAGGAACGGGAAACGUCCAGUACUAGCUCCCCUAGUGACAGUAAUGGUGCCGGAAGUGAUAGUAAUACAAGUUCAGCGGACGCCAAAAAACAAGAUAUAGUGGGUAGCGUGGAGGUACUGAAAAACAUGCCGGAAUUGCUUAAACUAGCAGAUCUUGGUAAACUCAAAGAAAUUAUAAGCAGUACUUGUGUAGAAAAGGAAGCCGAUAAGGAGAAACCGUCCAGCGUUAUAACUGAAACAGCCCCAUCAGCAGUUAGUUUGAUGGACUCAAUCGAAAUUCCCGAGCCAGAAGAUGAGAACGCCCCAGAGGAGAAGCGUCUGGGAACUCAGAUUCGUAUUCUAUCCUGCAAACUGCUUAUAAGUUGGGUCAAUCUAAAGGAAGUUUUUCGUAUUCCCAAAAAAGAACGAAUUGAGCAGAUGAAAGAACACGAACGCGAAGCCGACCUGCGUUACAAAGCGCUUGGUCUCGGCGAUGACGAUGAUAAGAACUCAUCCUAUCGGCAGGCCUCCAGUCGCUACUUUGAUCGCACUCGUGAGUUGAAACGACGCAAAUCGGUUGACGAAGCUAGUUUCUAUAAAAUGAAAAGAGCUCUAGCAAGCACUGCCAGUCCAAUGCCCAAAAUGGACAAUCUCUCCAAGCAACAGCGCCGGCAACUGUUCGAAAUGAAGGUUGCUCACGAGGAAGCCGAGCGAAGAAAUAAGGAACUCUGGUUGCAACAUGAAAAUAACUGCCUAAAGUUCGGUCUCAAUCCACACAUGACUGCGCCACAUGAUGUUCCAGCGAAAAUGAAUCCAGCUACCGGCGAGUAUUUCUCGGCAGAUGACCGACUGCUGCCGACACCGCCCAGCCAUAUGUACUUCAAGGUGCUGCCCCCUCCUAUGUCUACUAAUCCAGAGGACUACGAACUGCCUCCGAUGGACCUCCCUCCUCUGUGGAAGUUUGCCAUUGAUGAUCGGGGUCGUCUUUAUUACUAUCACGUGAAAGAUCGAGUACCUCAGUGGGAACCCCCGAAAAAAGAUAAUCAUGGUUUACGCGAUGAGGACAUUUCUAUGAGUUCAGACUCUAGCACCACCGAUACGGAUGACUCCGAGGAGGAAUACCUUCACAUGCAGUUGGAGCAAUUGAUGAAACGAAAGAAGAAACAACAAUCAAGCUUUAAUUUGGAUGACGUAUUAGCUAAACCUGAUGAUAUGAAUGAUGACCUCUCAAAAACGAUUAAAGAUCUGGAAGCGAGUGAUUCCUCUCCCCAAUCUAGUAGUAAAAUCGAUAAGGCACUGGGUGAAACGAUCGACAAAACUGCUGAGGAGCUUCUGCAGCAUCGCAAACGAAAGCACAGCAAUAAGCUUGUUCAGGAGCGGGUUAUCAGCCCCCGCACUGAGGAGGACAAACUGUACGGCCAGAUGGAGAUGAAACGUUACAAGGAAACCAAAGAAAAACUACGCCGGCGAAAGGAGGAAGCCAAGCGGCUUCGAGCUCGCAGCAUGCUGGACAAAUCGUUGGCCUCCGAUAGUCCAUUCAGUGGGUCCUUCUCGACUGAUCCGUUGGAUAAGAGUGCCGCAGAAAGUUCCCUCAUCGAUGACGAUCUGGUGGUAUCGCACAAGAUUGUUGACGAUAAGUGUAUUGUUGAUGAGUUGGAUAUUUUGACAAAGAAGAAGAAAAUAUCACCAUACGAAGAGUGGCAGAAGGUCAAGCAACGGUUAGGCAAGAAACGAGCCGCAAAGAUGGGAGAAAGCUCAACGUUUAGUGGAUCUUCGGCAUCUUCGUCGGGAACGUCCUCCUUGCCGGGGGCAAGUUCAUCAAAGAUUGGUAAACGCAAGAAGACUGACAAAUUAGAUCUCAACAGCGAAGAGGCGAAAAAGAUCAAGGAGAAAUUCCGCGGUGAAAUAGCCGGAGUAAUCGUGCAGCAUUUAGGAGCGUACCGUAAGGAUUCGUGCCAAACGGGACGUAUAACCAACACGGAGGACUUCAAACACUUAGCCAGAAAGUUGACCCACUUCGUCCUCGUGAAGGAACUCAAGCACUGCGAUAAUACGGUUAAUGAGCUUGAGGUAACCGAUUCCGUACGAACUAAGGCACGCGAGUUCAUCAAGAAGUACAUGGCCAAACAUGGAACGGUAUAUGUUCGGGGCGAAAACGAACCCGAUUAUGCAAGCAUAAACCUCUGAGACAACGCCAAGGGGAAAGUGGAGAAACCGGCAACGGUUGAAGCUCCACCGGCUCCCCAGAGUUAAAACUAUUGCACUUUGGUGUACUGAAGUGCGAGAAGUGUGUUGCACUAUACAUUAGGAUAGUUUUAAUUUAAGAUUAUCAUUCGAUUGAAUUACGUACAAAACAAAAAUUGUAUUGACAUCCGCAUUAGCAUGAUUGAUUUGCAAAAUCAAUUAAGGUGCAUUAAAGAGUUUUAACCAAUAUUGGAAUAAAAACUAUGUAAGCUAACAA